GUUGAUUAUGGUCUGGAUAAGAAAAGUAUCAGUAUGUCGCAUAAUUUAAACAAAGCACAUCUCAAUGAAUCAAAACCAGUUUAUGGUGUUACCAAGUUUUCUGAUAUGUCACCUGAAGAAUUUAAAAAAAUAUAUCUUGAAGAUUUACAAAGUCCCAGAUGGAAUCUUAAAGUGAAUAAUCAUACUCCCAUGGAUAAAAUAAAGAAAUUGAAAAUACCACAGAAAGUAGAUUGGAGAGAGAAAGGAAUCAUUUCAAAUGUGAAAAAUCAAAAGUCAUGUGGGGCUUGCUGGGCGUUUAGUUCCGUUGAAACAAUUGAAAGUAUGUAUAGUAAGGAGAAAAGAACAACUGUACCUAAUUUAUCAGUUCAAGAAGUUAUAGACUGUUCUGUAAAUAAUGAUGGUUGUUUAGGUGGUGAUACAUGUCAAGCAUUAUUAUGGUUACAGCAUGGAAAACCUUUAGUUGAACAAACAUCUUACCCUUUAACUGACAAAAAUCAAGUCUGUCAAAUUUUAUCAUCAGCAAGUUUAAGUGUUCACGUAGCAAAUUAUACUUGUAUGCACUAUGUAGGUGACGAAAAUAACAUGUUGACCCUGUUAGCAACUGUUGGCCCACUAACAGUUACAGUAGAUGCUACAACAUGGAGUAAUUAUGUCGGAGGAAUUAUACAGUAUCAUUGUUCUGCUUUCAAUAAUCAUGCUGUACAGAUUGUUGGAUAUGAUUUAACAGGAGAUGUGCCUUAUUAUAUAGUUCGUAAUUCAUGGGGAACAGAUUUUGGAGAUAAUGGUUAUUUAUAUAUUAAAAUAGGAGAGAAUCUUUGUGGCAUAGCCACCAGAGUAUCUUCCCUAAUGGUUAAAGUGUAAUUGUCGGUUGCUAAUUGUAGGAAAAUGGGAUUCUCAUCUUAAGGAAUAUUUUCAGUCUGAAGACUUUUAAAAACAAUUCAGAUACUACUUUAAAUCAGAUUAGUUCAUAUACCUAAUAUAUAUAUUUUUGGAUGAUUUUUGUUGAUAUUUUAUAUAAUUACUUUAUUAUUAAAAUUUGUUUAAAAAAACCGCAUAA